UUACCAAAAUAUUUCGGUUACUUUACCCUUGGAGAAUUUAAAGAGAUCGCCCUAAAGAGAAAACUUAAAGAGCCUACUAAAACUUCCACAACGGAUCACGCAGAAGAAGAGGACUAUGGCCGUGAAGCGAAAGACCAUGAUCAAGUGUUUCAAUGUCCAAAAGAGGGCCGCACGCGUAGUUUCCAACGGCACUCUUCUCUAGAAAAGCAUCUCGCGUUCGGAACAUGCGCAAAGACGAUUGAAAGGGAGACACUUCUUGAUGAAGCGAAGGUUAAAUAUGCUGCAAGACUCGAGGAAGGUUCAAGUUCCGUGCCAACUAUUCCUCUACCUCCUGAAACGUGUCCUCGUAGCAGUGGGUGUGUAACACCGCCUGAAGGCUUCGCUUUAAAACACGUAAAGAAAGCUUACUGGUUUAACGAAAAGCAACGAGAGUAUCUGACUGUUAGAUUUACCAUCAGACAAGGAAGCGGCAAGAGGGUCUACGCGGAAAUUGUUGCAACAGAAAUGAGAAGAGCAAAGGGAUUGAACGGGGAGCGCUUGCUCGGUGUCCCUGAGAUUUUGAAAACUCAACAAGUAGCUUCAUUUUUUUCCAGAAUGGCAGCAAAAGUGAAACAGCAGACAGCCCCCUGCACACAAACUGUAACUGAGCAAGAUCUGGUUGCUAUGGAGGAAGAAUUUUAAUUGUCAAAUGUUAAGGAGUCUAUUUUUGAGCAGUUAAAUGUAACUCAUCCUAUUCAUUAGCAAUAGUACAACAUCUGUUCCAUGGUCGAGAAUAACACACUCAAAAACCUCAAACUUACAAUCUUAAAACUCCUUUGCGAGAGUUUCAAACUUGCAUUACCACCUGGGGUUGUUCAGAGAAAAGAAAAAAAAAACUUACAUCGCUCUGCUCCAAGACCUUGUUAGAUGCUGCUCUUGCAGUGCAGUUUAA